AUGAUAUUCCUCCCAUUUCUCCUCGACAUCCUCUGCUCUUUGAGUUUUAGCAAUACCGCAGUAACAGCUGCACUUGCUAUUUAUCCGUCCCAGCCUAUCGGUCUAGAAACACUCCUCAACAAUAACGCAGUCGUAGACUUUAGUGGAAAUGGCGGUGCAUUCAAUGGCUCGCUUCUUCCAACCGGCUCGUUCUCUUACGAUGGCUUAACCUUCUCUCUUCCUUCCUCUUGGGAUGACGCCGCGGACAACAAUGUGUUGGCAAACGGGCAAGUUCUCAAACUUGACAAGCCCACGUUCGCACACGAGCUACACUUUCUCUACGCUGGAGAUGGCGACAAUGCAUCGCCAACACUCUCUGUUUUUACCCUGCAGUUUUCCGAUGGAUCUUCCUACACAAUCAACGGCAAGUUUGUGGAAGCGAAGAGCUGGUGGGUUUGGGCCAACGUUAACCGGGCAGCGAUCAUCACGCCAUAUCACUUCCAAGGCGGCACGAAGAAUUUCAAUGCAACGAAUAUCUACGAAUAUUCUACUGCAGUACCUUCGGAGUCACCUUUGACAGCUAUCGUCUUUCCUUCGCAAACAACUGGCAGCCGGAUGCAUGUAUUUGCUCUUUCCAUCACACCGUCCUCAACAGAUGUGAAUUCUGCCGCUCUGGCACUGUCCAUACGAAGAGCACAUUUCUCUCAGCGGUGGCAACUUGUGAAUGGCGAUCGAGUUCAAGCCGUGCAAGUCACCAUCGCCAAUCUUCUUCCAGGUUACACAUUGGCUCAGUCACCAAGUCGAGCCAUCAAUUCCCCGCAUAGCAUCGAAAUCGUUGGAGAUGGCCUCAAAACACUUAACACAGGCAACUUCAGUCGUCUUGUUCCCGGCGAUCAGGCGCGCGUCGAUGUCUUCGUCACCGGCGCACGUGCUGGUGGAUCUGCUAUGGUCAACAUACGAGAUUCUACGGGAAAGAUCAUCGCAACGUCGACCGCGCUCCCAACCGCGCUAUUGAUAGAAGAAUACACUCCCGACACCACAUCCCUCAGUUUACAUGAGACGCCGUCUUGGUGGAACUCGGCCAAAUAUGGCAUCUUUAUUCACUGGGGGGUUUAUAGCAAGCCUGCAUUCGUGAACCGCGCCAUCUUUAGUUGGAUGUCAACUGAAUUUCUCCAGGCUCCUCCAAACCAGUAUGCCGAGUGGUAUGAUUGGGACAUUCGGCAACCGCCAGAUGCGAGCAACCCGACAUGGGUUCACCAUCUUGACACAUACGGGAAGGAUGUGGCCUAUGACGACUUUAUUCCUCAGUUCACCGCUUCAAAGUUCAAUGCUAGUGCAUGGGUUGAUAUAAUCGACCGAGCUGGUGCAAAAUACUUCGUUCUUGUUUCAAAACAUCAUGAUGGAUUUGCUCUCUUUGACACAGGCAACACGACCAAUCGAAACAGCGUACAACUUGGACCCAAACGCGAUUUGGUUGCGGAGCUGUUCCAGACUGCAAAGGAUGAGAAGCCUGACCUUCACCGCGGAACCUAUUAUUCAUUACCCGAGUGGUUUUCACCUGAUUUUGCCAAGUAUGGGUUUGGCUCCUGGCCAGGUGGACUGGCGCACAAUGCCUUCAACACGACUCCCGCGCUCGAACCAUAUACUGGACGACUAGAUAUCGACGACUAUCUUACUGACCUGCAACUUCCACAAAUGGUUGAUCUAGCAACAAAAUAUGACACGGAGAUUAUGUGGUGUGACAUCGGAGGACCUAAUCGGAAUCUCGAGUUUGCUGCGACCUUCUACAACCAUGCCAUGUCGCAAGGACGACAAGUGACUCUGAACGAUCGAUGUGGGAUAUUACCCGACUUCGACACUCCCGAGUACGCGACUUUUGGCAGCAUUCAACCAACAAAAUGGGAGUCUUCGGAGGGCAUGGAUCCGUUCAGCUAUGGUCUCAACCUCGCGACAAAUGCUAGUCAAUAUAAGAAUGGGACGACCAUUGUGCAGUCGCUCGUAGAUAUCACUGCGAAGAACGGUAAUUUCCUGUUGGACAUAGGACCGACUGCGGAUGGGGAGAUAAUACAGCCGAUGGUCGACAAUUUGCUGGAUGCCGGGUCGUGGCUUGAAUUUGCUGGCGAUUGUGUUUAUGACACAGAUUACUGGUUCCCAGCUUCUGAAGACCCCAAGCCGGUAAAUGGUACUCCGGCAGCCCGGUUCACGACGACGCCCAACACGUUCUGUAUCAUCGCAUUUGCGCCCCCGAGUGAUGGGUCGCUCGUUGUUGGAAAACGAUUGCCGCUUAUGUUAGGAGACGAAAUCGUGGCUCUACGUCCCAGUGGACCAAGUUCACCUCUCGCUUGGAACAUCAGUGCAAGCGGUGACCUGACGAUCCAAGUCAGUAGUGCGGACGUGGAGGGUGUGCGUUUUGCGUGGCCAUUCCGGGUGUCAUAA